AUGGGGAUGGGGUUGUUAUCAUGCUCCCACUCUACCGAUAAGCAGCAACCGGCUCCAGCUUCAAGCUUCCACUACAACCGGAGGUUCCACAACAACAGGAGGUUCCACUACAACCAGAGGUUCCACUACAAUCAUGCGUUUCACUACAACUGGAGGUUCCACAACAACAAAAGUUUCCACACCAAACGGAGGUUCCACAACAACCGGCGGUUCCACAACUAUUGGAGGUUCAACUUCAACCAGGGGGUCCACAACCGUAGGCUCCAGAACAACCGGAGGUUACACAUCAACCGGAAGAUCCAUAACCGGAGGUUCCACUUCAACCGAGGGGUCCACAACCAGAGGUUCCACAACAAUCGUUCGUUCCACCACAAUCGGGGAUUCCGUGACAACCAAAGUUUCCAUACCAAACGAAGGUUCCAAAACAACCCGAGGUUCCACCUCAACCAGGGGGUCCACAACCGGAGGUUCCACUACAACCAGAGGUUCCCCAACAACCGGGGGGUCUACAACAACUGGGGGGUCCACAACAACCGGAGGUUCUACAACAAUGGGGGGUUCCACAACAAUCGUACGUCCCACUACAACCAGAGGUUCCUCAACCAGUGGGGGUUCCACUACAACCGGAGAUUCUCAUACAACCGGAGGUUCCGCUACAAUUGUACAUUCCACUACAAACGGAAGUUCCAUAACAACCGGAGGUUCCACACCAAACGGAGGUUCGACUUCAACCAAGGGCUCCACAUCCAAAGGUUCCACCACAACCGGAGGGUCCACAACAACCGGAGGUUCCACAACAACCGGAGGUACCACAACAACCGGAGGUUCCAAAACAACCGGGGGGUCCACAACUGGGAUUUCAACUUCAACCGGGGGGUCCACAACCGGAGGCUCCACAACAACUGGAGGUUCCACUACAACCAGAAGUUCCACAACAAUCGUACGUACCACUGCAACCGGAGGUUCCACUACAACCGGAGGUUCCACAACAACUGGAGGUUCUACAAUAAUCGUACAGUCGAAUACAACCGGUGGUUCCACAACAAUCGUACGUUCCACUACAACCGGAGGAUCCACAACAACCAAACCUUCCACGCCAAACGCAGGUUCCACAACAACCGGAGGUUCCAUAACAGCCAAAGUUUCCGUAGCAAAUGAAGGUUCCACGACAACCGGAGGUUCCACUUCAACCGGGGGAUACACAACAACCGGAGGUUCCACAACAAUCGUACGUCCCACUACAACUGG